UCAGUGGAAGGCAGGUCUUUUGGCACAGCACUACCACGGUGCUGUGGGUUGUGAACCCAGCUCCUGGAAUGGGUUUGAACCUAACUUUUUCAUAAAAAGGAGGGCGAAUAUGCUAACAGCUGACAUAGGCAGAUAAAUCCCAUAAUAUUGUCAAACUCGACAGAGACUGUACAUUUUGUGCAAAAAUACUUAAGCCCCGACACUGUCAAAUGAAAGAGAGAAUUUUAUACUGUCUGUUCCCCACUGAUAUAUGUUUGGCUGUCAUCUUAUUUCGUAGUUCAGGCAAUUGAAACACUGUGUAAAUGCGUAUCAUAAACCUAUAGAUGAGAACAUUUCCCUACUGGAUUUAAACCAUUACCCCCAAAGGUGUUAAAGAAACCCUGCUGUGUGUCGCUUUUUAAGAUCAAGGGGCAUUUUUGAUGUUAAUGCCUAGAAAAGGCAGAUGAACGCUAACAGCUGCUUAUCCACAGGCUGGUGAAUUGAAUAGGGAAAUACUGUUCUGGAAGUCAGAUCUCCAGAGAAAAAUGAUAAAUUGUGAGCAUCUAUAAGUAAGAAUGAUAGUCUCUAGGGAUAGUUGAGCAAGGCUGAUAAUAUAAAAUAUGUAAAACGUGGAAAAUAUUUAAUACUUCUGUUUCUUUCACUUAAGAGUUAGUGGGGUUGUGUUAACAAUAUAUACGAUGCUACUGUGCUCAGGCAUGCAGGAGAAAUGCAAUGUAUUAAUUCUCAAAUCACUAGUUUGUGAAAUGCCUUUCUGGUAUCCAGGGAUUUUCAGGACUGUCACACUGAUAAGGAGUCAAGGGCGGUCUCCUCAUGGCCUGGGAUGGCUCUCUUGGGAGCAGAAGGGAUUAGAAGAAAAGGAACAGCAGAUUAAGAGCUGGAAAAACUGGACAGUUUAGUGUUUCUCUGCUUCCAAAUGAUGAUGUUUUUUCCAGCUUUUCAGUCUGCAACUAUUUAAAGCUAUCCAGCAGCUUCAUUUCUGAGUUAUGGCCUGCCCUCCCGAGUGGUAAUGAAUCAACUCUGUAAAAAGGCAUUCUACAGGAAGUCAUGGUGUACAAGGAGAACCUUCCAAUGGAUAAACAAAUUUUACAUAAUUCCUGUGGAACAGGCAGAAAGAGAAGCUUUCCCUAUAGACCCCAAUGACAAAGUUAUGGUGUGAAAGUCACCAUGAAUGCUUAGGAGGCCUGCAAUGAUGUGGAGGAAUCUCUAAGUGUCAUAGUGUAACCCCAGCCCACCACUAAGCCCCACCCAGCUGCUUGCUCACUCCCCCCUGGUGGGAUGGGGGAGAGAAUCAGAAGAGUAAAAGUGAGAAAACUCAUGGGUUGAGAUAAAAGCAGUUUAAUAGGUAAAGCAAAAGCCGCGCACACAAGCAAAGCAAACCAAGGAAUCCAUUCACUCCUCCCCAAGGGCAAGCAGGUGCUCAGCCAUCUCCAGGAAAUCAGGGCUCCAUCAUGCGUAACGGUGACAUGAGAAGGCAAACGCCAUCGCUCCCAACGUCCCCCCUUCCUUCUUCUUCCCCCAGCUCUAUACGCUGAGCAUGACGCCGUAUGGUGUGGGACAUCCCUGGGGUCAGCUGGGGUCAGCUGCCCCGGCCGUGUCCCCUCCCAGCUCCUUGUGCACCCCCAGCCCACUCGCUGGCGGGGAGGGGUGAGGGGCAGCAAAGGCCUUGGCUCUGUGUAAGCCCCGCUCAGCGGGAAGGAAAGCGUCCCUGGGUUAUCAGCACUGUUUUCAGCACAAAUCCAAAACACGGCCCCAUGCUAGCCGCUGUGAAGAAAAUUAACUCUGUCCCAGUCAAAGCCAGCUCAGUAAGAUGCCAAGUCUUCUCUACUGUUUGAUCACCCUAAUAGAAUAAUACAAUAACCUUGAAAUUUUGCUGGCUUUUUAGGCAGGCGUCCCAAAGUAAAAUCCUGGAGUAAGGGAAGGUGCAGCACCAUCAAAGGGCUUAAGAGGCACCUGCCAUUCAGAUUUUAUCAUAAGGGCUCCAAUCAUGCAGAAUUAGAGCAAUUGGAAGGAACUGAAUAUGCUCUCCUUUUCUGAAGUCUUCUUGAAAGACAGAGACAGCAAACAUACUAGGUGAGUCCUGCCUGGUAAUUUUCAUGUGAGGCCAGUUUCUUCGCAGGCAGAAGUGCAAUUUAUUGUUUCCUGUAUCAGGUUUAGUGAAAGAAGACUGAGAAGCCAUAAUAAAUAAACUAUAGUUAAAAAAAUAUAUUGUUACCCCUUAACUGGGCAGCUAGCUAAGCUAAAAGUUCCAGUGGAUUUUCUUGUUUACAAAAAGAGAAAUAGAUGACAGAGUGGAAUGGGUCAAAAGUAACAAAAGACAGUUUAAUCAAACUUCCAAGUGUUCUUUUUUUUAGACAGACUGCUUAGGAAAGCUCUUUUUGGACUUUUUCUCAAUACUGUGUUUCCAGGGCUUAUUUUAGAUGUCUUUCAAGUUUUCAACUUUGUAUAUAUGCCUUCAUUGCUGCAUCUCUCUAAUAGGUUCAAAUUCUGCAGCUUUUUGCCAUGUACCUGUAUUUUAGGUGGGAAAUCUGGGUUUUCUUGAGUUUUCUAGUUGCCUAACAGAACAUAAUUAUUUUCUACACUUACAUUGUGUAAAACAUGUCACUUCAGACUACCAGCCUCAAGGAACCGUAACCUCAACCAUAACAUUUUUAUAUCUUGAGAGAAUUUUUUAAAACUGAAAGCUGGGAUUAAGAUUGUAAAUUCUUAUAAAAGAAAGUUAAUACUCAGUAACAUGUAGCUUUGUGAUUGAUGACUGGGUCCCAGUAAAGUCUUUAUGAUUAGGAGAAUUUUAAGUCCUUUUUGUUUCAGUGAUAGAUUCCUUAAAGCUGCUCAGGCUCCACUGGAUAAUUGCUCAUCUCUAGGUCACCACUAUAGGCCCGUGGAAAUGCGGGAUCUUCUUUAAAACAGUUCUUGUACUUUUUGAAAGCUGUUUGUUAUCUACAACAUCGAGCAAAACAAAAUCAGAAACAGGAACAAAUGGUAUCUAAUGCCUUGCUUGACUCCGGAGGGCAGUUUUGUAGUCUACUGUCUGAUACCCUAUUUGCAGAAGAAAUCAAGGACAGGAGGAGAAAUCUAUAACGAGACUGGUGAGUUUUGACUUGAAUUUCUAGCAGGUUUUUCUUUCAGGUUAGGAACCAUGUCUGGAAGAUCUGUGGUUUUUAAAUCGAAGUGAAGCCACAAAGCCUCCUGCCAGCAGAAUUAUUUCUCUGCUUGUGCUUAAAAUGGUUCCUCUGUUGCAUGUACAAAUCAGCUUCCUCUGUGAAAGCAGUAGAAAGCUUGGCUCAGAAAUAACAUAUAUCAGUUUUGAUUGAAUAAUUGUAGGCUAUGAUUCUUAUAGCUAUACUUCACAGUUUUUUUCCAAAGUAUCCAAGUAUCCCUGACUUUCCCCCAGGCAGAAGGUGCAGAACCUAUCUAUCCCAUGGAUAGAUUUUUGGCUGCUCAGAGCAGGAAGCUUUCCUGCACCUUGUCGCAUGCAGCUUGAAAGUUUGUUCAAAGGCUUAUUUUGAUAAAGUUGCACAAGAAUAUAAGUAGCACAUAAUAGUAUAGUCCAGAACAUGUUCUGCUGUUGCUGAAUGGGAGAGAGAAAUUCCUGUCUUCCUUAGUGUUUGAGCUCUUGAUUUAGAGAACUGGAAUCCCUUCCAAUAUCAUCCUUAUGGCUCAACUUGGGCCCUCAGCAGUCCAGGUACAGGUGCAAAUAUGUAAAAUUACAGGAAUGAUGAGGGAGAAUUAGAGCAGAGCUGCCCCACACAUUUUGCUGCCUGGAAUAUAUUCUGCCCCCUCAUGACUUUCAUGGGGUUCAGGUUAGAACACUUUUGAGUGUUACUACUUGUAAUGACACCUUAAGCCAUAGAUUUUCUCCCUUACAUGUCUUCUUUUCACUUUAUCAUCUCACUUCCUCCGUUCUGUUGCCUUUGACGCUGCUGUAUCCUUUGAUAGUUUUUCCACUGUACUUUUAUACUUACUUUCCAUUCGUUGUGUUUUCCUUUAUUCUCUAACAAUUUUUUUCCUGUCUCGUUCUCUCACUCCAUUACUAUCAUCAUGCUUUUUCCCUUCCCACAUUCCUAAAUAAUCUGUCAUUGCUUACUUAUGCUUAUUAUUGCUAGUGUUUUUGCUUUUCUUUAUGUUAGUUUCUCUCAUGAGAUAAAAACAUACCCAUGCACAUAUAUACAUAGUCGCUUUCUUCUAGCCACAGUCACCCUCGCAUCCACGCAUCCUUAUUACCCGUGUGCGAUUCUUCCUUUAGGGGGGAUUUCUUCAGAUUCUCACAUAUUCAGGACCCAUUGCUGUCUCCGGUGAGGCUUCAUUGGUGCGCAUCUACCCAGUGCAAAGGGUAACGCCUAGGGAGGGACGGGGAGCAGAGCAAUGCCUGUGCCUUGUUUUCCCCCUGGAGGUCGAAUAGGCAAUAGCAGAACGAGAACCAGCACAUCAUGCAAGUGAUUCGGGCUAAGGAUCCCUGAGCAAGGCGGCAGCAGCACUAAAGAACGUUUCUAGCAGCGGUGGUGACUCCUGGUCCUGCAGGACUGGGAGAACACUAAGGGAAAGGGCUGCCCGACAUUGUUCUUCUUGGCUUGCCCGUGGAGGGAGUUGCAGCCUGGCAGGUAAAUGUCCUCAGUGAGACCCACCAAUGGUUGGAUUCGCAUGUGUGGCCUUAAGCCUGGAGUCCAGCAUUAAAGCAAUACAAGGUACUGCAGCUUCUUUAUGUCAUCAGAGACUGCCUUUGGAAAAGAUAUUGUUUAAAUUAUCAUUGAACUGUAAAAUAAUCUAAUACUUGCAUGAAAUAAACCUUGUUGACUACUUUUUUUGGCAAAAGCAGCUAUUAAUAAAGUAGAUACUUUCUUGAAAAGCUUUUGAAACCUUGGAAAAACCCAGAACUCCUCCUGCCUGGAACUGUUGUUCUUGAAACUGUUUUGUUCAGUCCUUUCUUUCUUUUUUCUUUCCUGCUUGCUUUCUAGCCAGCAUGUGCACUGAGAAGCAAGGGCUGCUGCUUUGGGGUCAGAGGGGCACAGGGCCAGUAAGGCUGGCAUUCAGCCUGUCCCCUUUUGCCUGAGGGAAACAUGCACUAGAAGUCUGGAGAACUAGUAGCGAGGCAGUGGAGACAGCCUGCGUUUUUGGUCUGAGCCAGUCGUUCGUGCUGCUGCGGACUCUGCCCACUGUUCUUCCUGGGGAAGGGGCAGAAGUGCCUCUUUAUUUGCUUACAGUGGUACUUCAGGGCUCUGCUGUCACCUGCAUGCAGAGUCAUUUGCAAACAGGCUGUAUCGCUGGGGAGCAGAAAUGUGUUUUUUUAAAACCCUAAGCAGAUUUAUAGUCUGGUUUCCUGUCAGAUCUUUGCAUUUUCCUUCUCCGCCCCUCCCAGCCUCUGACACACUUUUUCUUACUUUCUGUGUCACUCUUUGCUCAUUCUGACACCAGUGCACUUGCUUCCUUCGUUCCUGAUUCUCCCUAAACUUUUGGCACUUUAGGGGCCAGGGGGUGUUUUGUUCCUUGUGUUUCCUUUACUUUUCAACAGCUGCAGAGCACAAAUAACCUCUCCAAGACUCCUGGAGAGACACUGACAAUUGCAUGGAGGCAACGUAGAGAGUUUCAGCCUGCAGCGUCUGCAGCAAGACAGCCUGGUCACUCAUGAGCACCCAAGGUUCUUAACUAGCUCAGUCUGUGCAAAUCCCUUACGAAGACUGGCUCGCUGUUCCAAAGGUUGUGCUGGUUUUUGUAAGGAGGAGAGCCAGAGAUGGAUGACUGCCUGGAGACACUGAAAGAUGAGGAGGAAGCUUUGUGGGAGAAUGUAGAAAGCAACCGGCACAUGCUGAGCCGGUACAUCAAUCCAGCCAAACUGACCCCAUACCUACGGCAGUGCAAAGUAAUCGAUGAGCAAGAUGAGGAUGAGGUGCUUAACUCACUCAUGCUGCCCUCCAAAAUUAACCGAGCAGGCCGACUGCUGGACAUUCUCCACACCAAGGGCCAAAGGGGCUAUGUAGUUUUCUUAGAGAGCCUAGAGUUUUACUACCCUGAACUCUACAAACUGGUGACAGGGAAAGAACCUACACGGAGAUUUUCCACUAUUGUUGUGGAGGAGGGACAUGAAGGCCUUACCCAUUUCCUAAUGAAUGAGAUCAUUAAGCUUCAGCAGCAAGUAAAGACAAAAGAUGUGCAGCGCUGUGAACUCUUGGCUAAGUCUCGCCAGUUGGAGGAUGAGCGAAAACAGCUAAAACUGAACAAGAUAGAGCUGCUGACCUUCCAGGAGAGAUACAACAAGAUGAAGGAGGAGAGGAACAACUACAAUGAUGAGCUGGUCAAGGUGAAAGAUGAAAACUACAAUCUGGCCAUGAGAUAUGCCCAGCUGAGUGACGAGAAGAGCAUGGCUGUGAUAAGGAGCCGAGACCUCCAGUUAGAGAUUGACCAGCUGAAGCAUCGCUUGAACAAGGUGGAAGAGGAGUGCAAGCUGGAGAGGAAUCAGUCUUUGAAGCUGAAAAAUGAUAUUGAAAACCGACCCAAAAAGGAGCAGGUUCUGGAGCUAGAGCGGGAAAAUGAGAUGAUGAAGACUAAAAUCCAGGAGUUACAGUCCAUCAUUCAGGCUGACAAGCGGAGUUUGCCAGAUUCAGACAAAGCCAUUUUGGAUAUUCUGGAGCAUGACCGUAAAGAGGCACUAGAAGAUCGUCAUGAAUUAGUUAACAAGAUCUUUAAUCUCCAAGAGGAGAUUCGUCAUGUUGAGGACUUGAGAGAUAAGUAUCUUGAAGAGAAAGAAGAUUUGGAGUUAAAGUGUUCAACACUAGGAAAAGACUGUGAGAUGUACAAGCACCGUAUGAACACUGUGAUGAUACAGCUAGAAGAGGUGGAAAAGGAGCGAGACCAGGCAUUCCGCUCACGUGAUGAGGCUCAGACACAGUAUUCACAUUGUCUGAUUGAAAAAGAUAAAUACAGGAAGCAGAUUCGAGAGCUGGAGGAGAGAAAUGAUGAACUCCGAAUUGAGGUGGUUCGGAAAGAAGCUUGCAUUGUUAACCUGGAGUGCAAACUCCGACGGCUGUCUAAGGACAAUAACUUUCACGACCAGAGUCUGCCACGGAAUCUACCCAUUACCAUUAUCUCCCAGACAUUUGGAACUCCUAGCCCAAAAGCCAAUGGUCAGGAGGCAGAUGACUCCUCCACUUCUGAAGAGUCUCCAGAAGACAACAAAUUCUUCUUGCCUGAUCAAGCGCGACUCAAGAGGAGAGUGAAUCUAAAGGGAAUCCAGAUAAAUCCAAGAGCUAAAUCCCCUGUCAGCAUGAACAAAACAUCAGAGUUUCAAGCAGUCAGGACACAGGAUGAAGAUGGGGCUGAUGCCAGCAAUGGCCGCACAGACACGAGUUCCUCUAAUUCUGUUUCUAUCAGUAACUCCAUCAGCAGCUGUGAAGUCAGCAAAAUUCAAACCCUGAGAAAUCGCAAUGACAGUAUCAUGUCUACCACUCCUGAGCCUCCAGGAAAUGAUUCAAUAGUCCGACGUUGCAAAGAGGAUGCCCCUCAUUGCAGCCUGGUUGAAGAGGACAAUGACAGCUUUGGAUACGAUGCUUUGGAGCUAGAUGAUGACAGUCAUGACAGGCAGUCACACGGAGCUCCUUCGGUGCACUCUUCCUCUUCUUCUCAUCAGUCGGAAGGCGUGGAUGCCUAUGAACUUGAGCAUGUCAACUCCAUAUUUAGAAAGUUCUCUCUGGAAAGGCCUUUUCGUCCCUCUGUCACAUCUGUUGGUCGCAUUAGAAACUCCUGCCAUACUAUCCAGCGCGUAACACUGAAUGGAGACAGUCUCAAUUCAGAAAUCACUCUGAUUGGGGGUAAUGAUAAAGGGAGCUUUAUUAGCUCUGUCAAGACGGGAUCACUUGCAGAGAAAGCAGGCCUUCGGGAGGGACACCAAAUCCUACUGUUGGAGGGCUGCAUCAAAGGGGAAAAUAAGAGUGUUCCCUUGGAUACUUGCACAAAAGAAGAAGUUCACUGGACCAUUCAGAGGUGCAGUGGUCCAGUAACACUCCAGUAUAAAUCAAAUCAUGAAGGUUAUCGGAAACUAGUGUCAGAACUGGAUGAAGGGUUUAUCACAUCAGGGGACUCGUUUCAUAUCCGCUUGAAUCUGAACAUCUCCAGCCAGCUGGACUGCUGUUCCCUGUCAGUGAAAUGUGAUGAGAUUGUUCAUAUUCUGGACACCAUGUACCAGGGGAGGUGUGAGUGGCUGUGUGCCAGAGUCGAUCCUUUCACGGACAAGGAUCUGGAAACAGGGACCAUUCCCAGCUACAGCAGAGCCCAGCAACUUCUUUUGGUGAAGCUGCAGCGGCUGAUGCACAGAGGAAGCAGAGAUGAGACGGAAAGCUCAUAUAAUACCCUUCGGGCACUCCGGAAUACACUGCAGCCAGAGGAGCCUGCCCCACAGAAUGACCCAAAAGCCAGCCCUCGCCUAUCCAGAGCAAGCUUUCUUUUGGGCCAAAUAUUACAGUUUGUCAGUAGGUCUGAAAACAAAUAUAAGCGUAUGAAUAGCAAUGAGCGAGUCCGUAUUGUCACUGGCUGGCCCUCUGAUCUGGCACGGACCUCAUCGGAAGCAAAGAAGCCACUGCCUGAUAAACUGGAAGAUUUGGAUUCCGAAAGUGAAAUCAAUAAGAGGCUGAGUCUGAUCCCUUAUAGCUUGGUGAGACCUAUCCACUGUGAGCGCAGGCGCCCUGUACUUUUCACCCCUACCAUGCUUGCCAAGGCCUUGGUACAGAAGCUUCUCAACUCUGGAGGUGCCCUGGAAUUCAACAUAUGCAAGCCAGAUAUUGUAACAAAGGAAGAGUUCUUAAGGAAGCAGAGAACGGAGACUAUCAUCUUCAGCAGAGAAAAGAAUCUGAACACAUAUGAAUGUAUUGUACCUGCCAAUAUUGAGGCUGUCACUGCCAAGAACAAGCAUUGUCUCCUGGAAGCUGGAAUAAGCUGCACAAAGGAUUUAAUCAAAGCCAAGAUAUAUCCUAUUGUUCUCUUUAUCAGAGUCUCAGAGAAAAACAUCAAGAGAUUCAGGAAACUAUUGCCGAAGCCAGAGACUGAAGAUGAGUUUUUACGUAUGUGCCGUCUGAAGGAGAAAGAACUGGAAGCACUGCCAUGUCUUUAUGCCUCUGUAGAGGCAGAUGCAUGGAGCAGUAUUGAAGAUCUUAUCCGAACAAUAAAAGACAGGAUCGGAGAAGAGCAGCGUAAAACCAUCUGGAUAGAUGAAGAUCAGCUAUAAAAAACAAUAAGUAAAAUGGAGCUCUUUGGUGACAAAAGGACAUACCCAGGUGGAGCAGGGGCUCGCAGAAUUCUCUGAUCAGGCGCCCAGCGCUCACUCCUGUUUCACCGUUGCUGGCUGGGGAUUUCCUGCUGGCAGAAUGCAUCUAUGGAAUGGAACUGGAGCUGUGUUGAAUAGCCAAUGUCUCAGAUGCUGGGGACCUAGGAUGUGGGUCAGACCACAGCCACCACCACAACUUCUGACCCACCAGCAUCAUUUAAAGGACAGCAGCUGUUUAACAUGUGAGAAGGACAAAGAUCUUGAGAGGGAGCUUGGGGUAAUUUAUUAUAUUGAAAAUAUGGAUCUCGUUUGGCUCAUUGAAAAUUUCUCAUGAGACAAGAUAAGUGGAAUCUAAGAGGAAUAAGCAUGGGGGUUGGGCGAAGGAUAUGGCAUUUAGAUGUGCCACACACAUACCCGGAGGUGAGAUUCUGACCAUACCCAGUUGAGGAAGCUGAAGGCUUGUUGGUAGCAACAGAAACACUACCGCUGAUGGCCAUAGAAGCUCUGUAGCCCUGUUUUUCCAUGACCAUUUUAAUCAGAAGAGAAGAAAAUAGCUAUUAUUCCUGGCAUUAAUUAAAAUGACAAUUUCCCCCUCCUUUUUUAAACCCAUUUUAUUUAAUGGUUUUGCAGGUUUACUUUGCAGUCCUGGCACUUACAGGAAAAGUGACUCCACUGUCCCAGUGGCACAUCAGAUCUUUCCAGAUCUGAUUUCCAAUGUUUCAUUUAGUUUAUCCCUGCCUCUGCAUUGUAAUCGUUUGUACAUCUCUCAAUUUUUAACAUUUUUUUAUUCUUGUGGAAAAUACCACAGUGCCUUCUCCAGACAACAGGUUUCUCUGUUUCUCCACUGAAAUCUGUUUUUCUCUACAACAUCAUCACCUGCCAACAUACCUGCUUGCAACAGGAGGGACUGCUCUGAGAAGAAGAAAAUGAGACUUUCAUAAGCCAGUAAUUGCUGUGAGCCACUCAGUCCUUGACCUCUCUGCCAUGAUUGACAGCAAGCAUCACGCUGUGCUGUGGCCAAGGAGGAUAAUAUUUUCAAAAGUGUAUACAUGACUUAGAAGACCACAUCCCAUUUUCAAAAGCACUUAAGUCCUCAGAGAGUUUAAGUUCCACUGAUAAUGAGUGGGACUUAGAUUCCGAAAUCUCUUCAGUCUUUUAAAAUUUUUCCUCUAUGCAUUAGACACUGUAUUGAGACUGCCAAAUUGAUUCAAUAAAACUGACCAGAAAAUAA